CGUUAGUAUUAAAUUGAAAUUUACCCAGAAUAGUUGCUCUCACAAGACAAAGUUACCAAUAUGGGAAAAUCAAAUCGCGCAUUCGACUACGACGAUCUUCCAGAAGUAGAUGAUCGCUACAAUUUGGGAGAAUGUAUUGGAACAGGAGUUUUUGGUAAAGUUUACAUUGCAAAAGAUACGGAAGCAGGAGGAAAGAAAGUCGCCGUUAAAAUACAGAGAUAUAACAGAGAUACUGCUCACUAUGUCCAAGAAGAAUACCGAAUUUUACGUGACUUUUCACAUCAUCCCAAUUUACCAGACUUUUAUGGCAUAUUUCGAAGAAAUGAUGGAAACGAAGAUGAAGUGUGGUUUAGCAUGGAACUCUGUGAACUGGGCCCUGUAAUUGAUUUAGUAAAUGGCAUGAUAUCAAAAAAUCGAAGAGUGUCUGAAGAACAUAUUGCGUUCAUUAUAAAAGAAGUAGCAAAGGCAUUGGUGUUUCUACACGAAAAUCACAUAAUGCACAGAGAUAUAAAAGGAAGCAAUAUACUGCUAACGAAAGAAGGAGAGAUCAAAUUGGUCGAUUACGGACUAAGCAGGAUGCUUAGUAGCACUUUGGGAAAAACUGAUUCCUUGCUGGGCUCUCCCUGUUGGAUGGCUCCCGAAGUUGUUGCUAGUACUGAAACGGAUGAGGAUUCCGGAUACGGAAACCGAGCAGAUGUUUGGGCUUUAGGAAUAACUGCCAUAGAACUGGCAGAUGGCAAGGCACCAUUCCAAGAUAUGCAUCCUACCAGAGCUAUGUUUCAAAUUGUACGAAAUCCUCCUCCUACUUUAUACAGACCAGCCAACUGGUCUGAAGAAUUCAAUGACUUCAUUAAUGAAUGCCUUGUAAAAAAUCCCGAACACAGGCCCUUCAUCAUAGAAGUAAUGGAACAUCCGUUUUUAGAAACUGUCCCAGAGAAUAGCUACCAUAUUAACCAAGAGCUUAAAGCCCUGAUGGAGCAAAUGGGCAGUACAGGAAAAGAAAAGCGGCAAGCAGAGUGCACUGUACACUCCAAUUUUCUUAAAAAGUCUCGAAAUCAACCCCUCGAACGGAUGCAUGUUGAAGACUUAGCCGCCCUCGAUAUAAUAACAGAAGAUGCUAUAAUUCAAGAGUUAUAUGCAAGGAUGAAAGCGGGACAAUUCCAUUCGUUCAUCGGAGAUAUUCUACUCAUAGUUAAUCCAAACGAAAGAAUGGAUAUUUACGGAGAAGAAUAUCAUCGUAGACACAUGUUAAAAUCAAGAUCCGAUAACGCCCCUCACAUUUACUCUGUGGCAGACAGUGCCUACCAAGAUGCACUUCAUCACGAAAUGACACAACACAUCUUGCUGACUGGAGAGAGUGGAUCAGGUAAAACGACAAACUUCUUGCAUUUGGUAGAUCAUCUCCUUUUUCUGGGCUACACCAUAAACGUAAGCAGCGACAGGAUUAAAGAUGGUAUUAAAUUAAUACAUGCACUGAUCCACGCAACAACCCCAAUGAACGAUUACUCUACGAGGGGUGUAAUGCGCACUGAAAUAACGUUCGGGAAAAGUGGAAAAACUUCGGGCGCAAUGUUCCAGGUCCAACAAAUUGAAAAGUGGCGCGUGUCAGGUGUUGAUAUGGAUCAAUCCAACUUCCACAUUUUCUACUACUUUUACGAUGGUUUAGCUGAUGCAGAUCAACUGUCGAAAUAUAUGUUGAACGAAAACAGAUCGUACAGAUAUAUGAGGAUACCCGAUAGUUCAAGAGGUAACAGACCGCGGGAUAAUCCCGAGGACAAUGUCCGUAAAUUUAAAAAAAUCAAAGAAACUAUGAAGAAGUUUGAAUUUUCUGACAAGCAAAUCGAAGCAAUAUUUACUGUAUUGGCGGCAAUCCUUAAUCUCGGCGAUGUUCGUUUUCUGGACACAGACAAGGGUGUGGCGGAAAUUGAAAAUCCCCACGUUGCAUCUAAAGUAGCACAAUUACUUGAAGUUGAUGAGAAAAAGUUUAUAUGGUCACUUACAAACUAUUGCUUCAUUAACAAGGGCACAGCUGUUAGAAAGAGACACACCAGUGACGAAGCUAGAGACGCCAGAGACGUUUUGGCCAACACUCUGUACCUUAGAUUAGUCGACUACAUUAUUUGCAAUAUCAAUCAUAAACUAUCUGUUGGUAGAGCAAUUUUUGGUGAUAAAUAUUCUGUUAAAAUUUUGGACCUUUACGGUUUUGAAUGUUUCACCAGAAACCAUAUUCCUCAACUGCUAAUCAAUUGCUUGAAUGAGCAGUUACAUUAUCAUUUCCUGCAAAGAAUAUUUGCUUGGGAAGCUAUUGAAUUAACUGAAGAAGAAGUACCAAUAAAACCAAUACAUUACUACGACAACAAAUCUGCUCUUGAUAUGCUGCUAAGCAAAUGUGGUGGCAUUUUGCAUCUCAUUGACGAAGCUUCUCGUCAAGCUCAGGGAGGCGAAUACAUUACAGGAGAAAUUCGUCAACGAGACAAUAAAUUCGCAAGGGUAUCCGAGGGCACCGAAUUUUUAAUUUCUCACUACACAGGAACAGUUUCAUACGAUGCCAAGGAAAUGCCAGACAGGAACCUUGAUUUCUUACCUCCUGAAGUGAUAGAAACGCUGAGGUUAUCAAAGAAUCCAAUUUUUAAACAACUGUUCAGAAACAAACUGACUAAAACUGGUAACUUGGUUCUUUCGUUUGAAGAUGCAGUUCCUGAUGCCAAAAGGCCGAAAGCAUCAUCUUCAUCCGAUGAAGAAACUUCGACCCAACAAAAUUCGCAAAACGCUGAUGGAAAUUACUCCCAGAUAAGAAAAAUGAGGACUGCCACGUCCACAUUCCGUGCCUUAUGUUUGGAAUUGUUAAAAGAACUUUCUGUAGGAGGUGGUGCAGGUGGUGUACAUUUCGUGUUAUGUGUUCGUUCAGAUCUUCAAGAAACGCCUAAAGGAUUUCAUAAAGAAAUUGUGAAGCAGCAACUUAGAGCUCUCAAUGUGUUGGAGACGGCCAAGGCAAGACAACGGGGCUUUCCACACAGAAUUCCAUUUCCAGAAUUUAUCAGAAGGUAUAAAUUUCUGGCAUUUGAUUUUGAUGAAAACGUCGAAGUUACUAAAGAUAAUUGUCGCCUUUUAUUAGUAAGAUUGAAAAUGGAAGGAUGGUUGAUUGGAAAAAGCAAAGUGUUUCUUAAAUAUUAUAAUGAAGAGUACCUGUCUAGAUUGUAUGAAACUCAAGUCAAAAAAGUAAUAAAAGUACAAUCGAUGAUAAGGUCAUAUUUGGCAAAGAGAAGAAUAGCAAAGAAAGGUCAAAAAUCCCUUUCCAAUCAGAAUACUAAGGAGAUGAGUGAAGAUGAAGCAGCAGUUGUUCUACAGAAAGCGUAUCGCGGUAUGGCAUCAAGAAAAGCAUACGGACCGUUGGUAUCCAAGCAGUCGUCUAAAGUAGACAAAGAAACCAGCAAUUUCAUUCAAUAUUACUGCAAGAAAUGGAGAGCAAAAACGAUAUUCCAAGUACUUCUACAGUACAGGGCGGCCAGGUUUCAGGACCUGUUCAAUUUAUCCCAACAAAUUCAUUUGUUCAACCAGAGCGUUGUUAAUGAUAUUCAAAAAAUUAAUUAUGAAGUCGAUUUUGAUUGUAUCGAUUCUAGAGCACAGGUGAGCGGGUGGUUGGGCAGAAGGAAGCCCUCUGUUCUCAAAAUGCCCUUUAGAUUGGAGGAUAUACCAUUCUUCGACACCGUUUACCUUUGCGACCCUUCACAGAGACCAACAGGACCAAGGGAACUCGAUGAACCAUGGGACGCCCCACUGCGAAGAAAAAAUAAUGUUUCAUCCCAGAUUAUCAACUCAUCACAUGGUUAUUCUCUAUCAGGUGCGGGUUACGAUGAAAAUCAAAGAAUUAGGAAACCAUCGGUCGAUAAAAUUAUCUUUAUUCCAUACAAUCGAAACCCUGAAGAACCUAUCAGACGUUUGUCCAAUUUCCAACUUGACAAUGACCAUCCAAUACACUAUGGGGAGUAUCAAGGAAAUAACUAUCUAAAUCAAAAUCCAAAUCGCUCUCAAUAUUCACAUGAUGAUCACCAACGACAUUCGUACAAUCAUACGCCAGUAAACAAAUCGUACAGCAGAAACAGUGGGUAUCAGGGUUACAACAAUCAAUCCAACGAGAACAGUUGCAACUCGCCUAAAAAGAUGCGAAACAAUUACGCAUCAACGAGUAACGAUUACAACAAUCGUAACACGACCAAUAAUAUGAACGCAAACACGAAACCUGCGAAUCAUGAUUUCGAAUACAUCAAACCGCCGACGAAAAGUUACAAUCAGUCUCCACCAAAACCCGUACAAAAUUUUACGGAUUCGAAUCCAAUCGACGAAUUGCAAACAAAAUUCAAAAGAACUGCAAGUGCUGAUGAAGACGAUCCUCCGUUCAACUUUAAAGCGAUGUUGAGGAAAACGAAUUACAAUAGGGAUUCAAUCAAAAAUAGAGAAGGAAAUAGCAGAAGAUAUUCGUUUAAGAACAGAGACAGUAGAAAUUUUGCCAGUGUGGAUGAAACUAAUAGUUACUGCUCACGCAACGAAAGCCUACGAAAGCACAGGUCUGCGGAUGAAAUGGAUGCAAUUUCAACUGAACUGGCCCCCGGUAUUGUUGUUAAGGGAUACGUCGCCGAUCUUUGAAGAUUUACCCGUAGAUAUAAAAAAUUCUCACAAUUUUUCAGCUUAUCUGAAAGAUGCCAAUUUAUCACAAUGCUCUGGUAAGUAAAAUUGAUUUUCUCCUUUUUUAAACUAUGCACAUAGGAAUAAUAUAGCAACUGAGCAUUAGGGGAAGUUUUGUUGUCGAAGUCUUCAAUACUAAUAAUAAUAAUAAUAAAGAGUGAUAAUAAUAAUAAUAAUGAAUUAAACAUCAUAAAUUAAAAACAAUGGAUAUAAAUGAAGAUGACGUAUUUCUUAGUGUUAUUUGCUGUAUUUGAGGCUAAGGGAUGUAAAAAAGGAAAAAAAAGUGGAUACAUCCGAUAUGCUAAAGGCAAAAAAAUGAGUGUGAAUUCAGUACACCAUUUGGUUACUUCCCGAGAUAAAAAUGUUCAGUCUCUCAGAGUCUUUGAAAGCGAGACUCGAGUCUCCGUCUCAUAUCGAGUCUCU